AUGGCGCCAAAGAUCGCAAUUGUGUUUGAUUUGUCUGUCCAGUACUCGUUGUAUGGCCAUAUCCAAAAGCUUGCUGAGGCUGAGAAAAAGGGCAUCGAGGCUGCUGGAGGCACAGCAGAUAUCUACCAAAUCGCUGAGACCCUGCCACAAGAGGUUCUCGACAAGAUGCAUGCCCCCGGGAAAUCAUCCUAUCCCGUCGCUGAGCCAGCCACGCUGCUGAACUACGACGCUUUUCUGUUUGGUAUUCCAACCCGUUAUGGGAACUUCCCUGGCCAGUGGAAGGCGUUCUGGGACAAGACGGGGGGCAUCUGGUCGACGGGCGGCUUCUGGGGGAAAUACGCGGGUCUCUUUGUCUCUACCGGCACGCCCGGCGGCGGACAGGAGUCUACCAACAUCGCUGCGAUGAGCACCCUCGCCCACCACGGUAUCAUCUACGUUCCGUUGGGGUACAAGACCACGUUCCCCAUCCUGGCCAACCUCGAUGAAGUGAGGGGGGGCAGUCCCUGGGGUGCUGGAACCUAUGCUGGUGCUGACGGGUCGCGCCAGCCAUCUGCUCUGGAACUCCAGCUUGCUGAAGAACAGGGCAAGGCGUUCUACGGAGCCGUUUCCAAAGUCAACUUUGAAUGA